CCUUAACAUCAUGGUUUGUUAUUGUAGAUAUAAAGUUUUAUUUAGGUAAUAUUUUUCUAAAUUUAUUUAUGAUAUAUUCCAGGGAAAAUUGAAAUAUGGCACACCAAUGCCUGAAUAUGGUGGUUGGCAUACAACUGCAAAAAUAGACAGUCUCACAGUUUCCACAAUAUUAAAAAAUUUGGGAGCUUUAUACCGUCGUCAGGGAAAGUAUGAAGCUGCCGAAACAUUAGAGAAAUGUGCAAUGCGGUCCAAGAAAAAUGCCUUAGAUGUUGUCAAACAACAGACCAACUUAACUGACAUAGGCAGUGAAUAUAUAAACAACAACCGACGGAGAUCGGCCAGCCGAGAUAGAGUAUUCAAAGGCUCUAUGGAAAACAUAUCAAACAAUAAUUCUACGAAAUAUGACGACGGCAAAUUAAGGAGAAGUGGGACUUUUUCCAAACUACGAGCCUCGAUACGACGUAGCAGUGCAAAACUGGUGCAGAAAUUAAAAGGAAAAGGUGACGAGAAUUCUGGGAGUAUGAAAAGAGCAAGCUCCAUGUCAGUGCUCAACACAAAUAGUAAAGAUGAAAAAUUUAGUGAAAGUAGGCGUUCUUAUGGUGAUUUACGACAACAAGGACGGACAGCCAGUUCAGAUCAACUCAUUAAUCGACCAUUUUGACAACAGCUAUAGUUUUAGACUUCAUGUACAAUAAUGCAAUAUUUGACAAGCUUUUUUGAGAUUUUAAUUUGUGGGCAUCGUCAGAUUUCGUCUUGCCGCUUUCAGUUUCAGUUCUUGUAAAUAUGGCAUUUUACGCCAUUAAUCCAAUGUAAUUUAUGUAUUCCAUAUUUUAAAAUUAUAUCUCAGUAACGGUGUCUAAUCAUAACAAAAGGGUAGGCAACUCCGUAUUGACAAGAGUUCAUUCCAAAUGUAUCAUACAACGCUUCCAUCAUUCACUCAUUAAUAUGCAUCAUUAGUGUGAAAAUGUGUUAAAAACUCAGUUUAGUAGAUACAAACGGAAGAAAAUUGGAAAAUCUUGCCACUGUCAACUUCAAGUAUGAUUUCAAAUUAAUCAAAUCCAGUCAAAAAACUCCCUUUCAUUUUGAGCACUUUGGAUGAAAACAUCAAUUGCUUUAUAAAAGAGUGUUAGAAUUUAAAUUGUGACAAAAAUUGCUUAAUUAAUGUCAGUAAGUAAUGAAGAGUAAGCCUAGUUUGUUUUCAAGAAACAAUGUUCCAGGAUUUUCCGAGUUUCUUCUAACUUGCUGUAAAAACAAAAUGUAUCAAGUGUUGAAUCAUCAAUAUUAAUGAGUGUUGUGGUUUUCAGAUAUCAUUUUCAGUCUUUCAAAUUUUGUGCAAAUUUAUUUUUAAACUGAUUGAGUGGUCAAAUGACUUGCUGUUAUUGAAGAAUAUACAGUGUUUUAGAACACAAACUACAAAAUAUUAAUGAUUUUUUUCAUAUAACGUUAUAGCCUUGAAAAUUCGCGGAGGUGUAUAAAUUUGAAAAAAAAGACUCCCAUGUAUCAUUUUAUGUAAGAAUUGAUUAUAACACAAUGAGACUUGAAAUAUUAUAUGCACAGAUCAGUUUUAAACUGGGUUUUCUUUGACAUUUAAUUUAUACUCAUUUUAUUUUAUUUUGUUGUGUGUUACACAUGUUAAAUUCUUAAAGGAUAUAUUCCAAAGUUUAGAAUCACAUUAUUAUGUACAUACAAAAGAAACAACUGUUUGAAUGAAUCAUUGUCAGGUAGUCCAUAUAAAGCUUCAUUAAAAUUAAUUACUUAAGAUCCAGUCAACUAGUGUUGAAUCCACCAUUUCUGUAUCUAAAGGAUUGUGGGUAAUCUCAUUGUUCAUACCCCAAAAUGAAAUUCCAUCACAUCAUUGGUUGAAUUCCCAUUGUUUAUGACGU